CCAUUCCCACGUUCGUCUAUCCCUCUUUCUACUCUCUCUCUCUCUCUCUCUAGGCGAUCAAGAAAGCAAGUAAGAAGUCUCAUCUUUUUCGGGUUCUGGUCUUCAUCUCCAUCGCUCUAGGUUAGCUCUCUCGAUCUUGUCUACAUAAACCCUAAUUCAGAUGGCGGAGAAUAUGCUUUCGUCGGAUGGGUCAUUGCAGAGUGGGGAUGUGUUUUCGUCAAUUACUCAGAUUACAAGUAUCGCGGAUACGGUAAAAGGGACAAUUCAAGCACAAUCUCAAUCAGUUCAAUCAACUGCAAGAAAAGAACCAAUUCAAUCUCAAUCCAACUCUUCAGUUCAAUCAACUGCAAGAAGAUUGAAGAGGAAUGACAAGGGAAGAGAGAUACUCACACCAAAAGUUUGUUUUACUAUCCCGGAGGAAGAGGAAGUGGAGAUGCGAAACGUCAAAGCACGAAUUCUAAGGUUGAUUGAUCGAAAAACGGCAAACUGUGGCAGCCAGAAAAAGAAGGAUAAGCUGGCAGCUGCAAAAGCAAUGUUCAUAGAGGCUAUUGAAGAGCCAGAUGAUGAUGAUAUUUAAAGUUCUAGGAGCAAAAGAGAAGCCAAACUUUUAAUUAGCAUCUGUUAACUUUCAAUAAGCCUUUGUUAUAUUAGUUAACUAGAUUAGAACCCGCGUGUACACGCGGUUUAACAAAUGAAAGUUGGGUGGUAAACCCACUCGGUACCGAACCCCCAUCAACCGCCAACCUUUUGCCGACACCCCUUUACUGAUUUUUGGAUUCAAUUUCGGUGAACCUUCACCGAGUCGGUGAGAGUGAAGGGGGAGAGAGAUGGGUGUGUGGUGGGGUCCAUUCAUUCUCAA